AUAGAAAACUUAGCUCUCAUUGGCUUGGCUAAGCUGCUUGCAUUGUAUAUAUAUAUAUAUAUAUAUAUAUGUGUGAAUUAACAAACAUUGGGGAGAAGUGAGUUAAUUAGCAACAAGGCAGGCAGGCAGGGCAUGGCCUCAACGUGUUCCAUCUCCAUGGUUAUGAUAGCGAUGAUGCUACAAUGUCUAUUAUGUGUAGUGAUGGCCAGCAGCACAAAGAAAACUUACAUAGUUCACAUGAAACACAAACAUCACAACCCUUCCAAGCGAGACUGGUACACAGCCACACUCGAAUAUCAUAACUCCCACUCCGAUUCCCUGCUCUACUCAUACGAAACCGCUUAUAACGGCUUUGCCGCUUCCCUCAGCAAGGACCAGGCACAGUUACUACGCCGUUCCGAUUCGGUGCUUGCGGUUUACGAGGACACACGCUACACCCUCCACACAACAAGGACACCGGAGUUCUUGGGCCUCCAGAAGGCUUCAAACUUGUGGGAAGGCCACACCAUUCAGGAUCUCGACCAUGCUUCCAACGACAUUAUCAUCGGAAUCCUCGACACCGGGGUGUGGCCGGAGACAAACAGCUUCGACGAUUCCGGCAUGCCUCCGGUUCCCACAAGGUGGCGCGGACAAUGCGAGCCGGCUCCGGAUUUCGAUCCUUCCCUCUGUAACAGAAAACUCAUUGGCGCCAGGACUUUCUCCAAGGGCUACUUAUUGUCCUCCGGUGGUGGUUACAUGGUUAGGGAGAAGGACCAAGUGUCUCCACGCGACCGUGAAGGACAUGGAACCCAUACUGCUACUACUGCUGCAGGCUCCGCCGUCCCCAACGCCACUUUACUUGGUUACGCCACUGGAACGGCGCGUGGUAUGGCCCCACAGGCGCGCGUCGCGGCGUACAAGGUCUGCUGGACAGGCGGCUGCUAUGCCUCCGACAUUCUCGCGGGGAUUGAUCAAGCGAUCCAGGACGGCGUCGACGUGCUCUCGCUCUCUCUCGGAGGCUCCUCCACCGCCUACCACCGGGACACCAUUGCCAUUGGAACCUUCGCGGCGGUGCAGAAAGGAAUCUUCGUGGCUUGCUCGGCAGGGAACAAUGGUCCUCGUCAGGGAUCUGUCGCCAAUGUGGCUCCCUGGGUGAUGACCGUCGGAGCCGGAACCCUAGAUCGGGAUUUCCCAGCUUAUGUUAAAAUCGGAAAUGGAAAACGAUUCAGCGGUGUUUCUCUUUAUGGUGGAGAAGGUUUAGGAGACGAGCCGGUCGGAUUGGUUUAUUUCACCGAUAAAUCCAAUUCGUCGAGCAGCGUUUGCUUGCCCGGUUCGCUGGAACCGUCGCUUGUGCGAGGGAAGGUGGUGGUUUGCGACAGAGGGCUCAAUGCGCGGGCGGAGAAGAGUGCGGUGGUGAGAGAAGCUGGAGGUGUGGGGAUGAUACUGGCGAACACGGCGGCGAGCGGCGAGGAAGUGGUGGCGGACAGCCAUCUUGUGCCGGCCGUAGCUGUGGGGAGAAGCGCGGGAGAUGAGAUCAGAGAGUACGCUUCGUUGGAUCCUAAUCCAACGGCUGUGCUCAGCUUCGGUGGAACUGUUCUGAACGUGAGGCCUUCGCCAGUUAUGGCCGCUUUCAGUUCCCGUGGGCCCAAUGGAGUUACGCCUCAGAUUCUUAAGCCCGAUAUUAUUGGGCCUGGUGUUAACAUUUUGGCGGGAUGGUCCGAGGCUGUUGGCCCAUCUGGGUUAACGAAGGAUACUCGCAAAACCCAAUUCAAUAUCAUGUCAGGUACGUCAAUGUCGUGUCCACACAUAAGUGGAUUGGGUGCGUUGUUGAAAGCAGCCCAUCCAGAUUGGAGUCCAAGUGCUAUCAAAUCGGCACUCAUGACAACAGCUUCUACACACGACAACACCAACUCCCCUUUUAAGGAUGCUGCCGGAGGAGACUUUUCAACGCCGUGGGCUCACGGUGCCGGCUAUGUGAACCCUCAAAAGGCAUUCUCUCCAGGGCUUGUGUACGACGCAACCACCGAUGAUUACGUUGCCUUCUUGUGCUCCUUGGACUACUAUACGCCUGAGACUAUACAGCUUAUUGUUAAGAAUCCCAACGUGAAUUGUUCCGUGAGAUUUGAUGAGGCGGGGCAGUUGAACUACCCAUCAUUUUCGGUUGUGUUUGGGAGCAAGAAGAGGGCUGUCGCGUACACUCGGACGUUGACCAAUGUUGGGGCAGCAGGAUCCGUGUAUGAUGUGGAUGUUGAUGGUCCAUCCGUGGUGGCAAUAACGGUGAAGCCCACAAGGCUUGAGUUCGCCCAAGUUGGGGAAAAGCAAUCUUACACGGUCACCUUUGUGUCCAACAAGACUGCUGAUGAUUACUCUCUUCUUUCCAAAUUCGGUAGCAUUGUGUGGAGCAAUCAAGUGCACCAAGUUAGGAGCCCAGUUGCUUUUGCAUGGACUGAUGAUUCGUGAUUCGUGAUUCGUGAACUUAAUUAUUAUUCCUUCUAUACCCAGUACUAAAAGUAAAAAGCUAACGUAGCAAACACACAGUCCUUGCUAUAUAUGUAUGUAAUAUUAUGAUGUUCAAUAUAAUGCUCCAACGAGUAUUAUAUGCAGCUUAUUAUGCCUGUUUUUGUUCCCUCAUGCCUAGCUAGCUAGUUUCAGAAUUUGUUUUAAUUUUUAAGAAUGCUGUGUGUGUGUGUGUGCGAUGUGAAUAUAUAUUUACCCACUUCACAAAUAUGGAAACAUAGCAAUGACAGUUCUGUGGUCUGAACACCACCCCCGUGUGUAAUCACUGUUUUCAUUGGAUAUUUUUUUAGCAUUCUAGUUCUAGUUCUACCGCAG